AUGACCGAUAGUACUCAACUCGCGGAUCAGUAUCUCCUACAAUCGUCCCUGAAGCCUGACGUUUCUGUCAAGGUAUCGCGCGGCAAGGGCGUGGCUGUUGUUAACGACGGACAAACAGGAUCGUACUCGUCUGGUAUUGUCUCCUUCGAUUGCCAAUCUGCUCUUAACGGCUCGCAUGGCUACGCGUCCCUCAAGGAUGCCUAUGUAGUGCUCCCAUAUGUCGUAUCGAUGAAGAAUUCUGCAGCUAGCGCGCUGACCGCUGGAGAUUGUCCUACUCGCUAUGCUCUAGGUCUUAAAUGCAAUAUUUAUAACAUUGUUGAUGAGGUCAAGGUUUACCUCAAUGGUAAGUCGAUUAUCACCCCUUCGGAAUACAAGCAGCAGUGGUCCAACUUCCGAGCCAUGGCUGAACUAACGACUGCUGAGGUAGAAAAACAUGGUGCUGAUAUGUUUCUGUUCCCGGAUGACUGGGAAUCUAUCAAGCAUUCUGCUGCCAGUAGUAUUUCAGGAGACGGAAACUCGAAUACAUGCCUUAGCGGAAACAGUUCGCUCGUUCUAAACAGUGUUUCCAAUACUGAACCAACCCGAUCCAACAGUGGCUUUGUACGUCGUGUUCUGAACAAUCCUCCUGAGGUUGGUAGUGGUGCUGCUGCUAACUCUCAUGGCUGGCCCUCGCUUAACAAAUCUACGUCGCAAGCCAUUGCUCAAAUGCGUGGCACCGGUGCUUUUAAGAAGGGUACGGCUCUCACGCAGGGUUCUACCCUUGGAGAAUGGUUAUAUAUGCUCAAGAUUCGACUCGUAGAUCUUCACUCGAUCUUUAACGAGCUAGACCUUCUAGGAAAUCCUCAGCUGAAGCUUGAGCUUAAGGUGCAGACGGGAUACUCUGAAAUUGCGCUUACUCCGCGUGCAACUGUCGCAUCUCGUACUAUGGCGCUAACCUCGACGACGCUUAUCGCUGGUACGGUAUGUCCUGUUAUACUCGGUAGUUCCGUUUCACCUGCUGGUACUGCCGAUGCUAUGAACGCUGUUAUUGGCGAUGCUGGCAAGAGCGAUAAGCUUCAGAUCGCUUGGGGUUCGAUUCACAAUACGAUUACGACGAUUGCUACGUCUGGAAGCUACUUCCCGUUUACUCAGGGUCGAUUGAACAUUCCUUUCUAUGAUUUAGCCAACCCUACCGCUCUUGUGAGCAAGCCGAUGAAGACCAUUAAGUACCUAGACUGCUAUUCGCAGUUGUUUUCUGUUCAAUUCAAUAGUAUGCGGCAUACAAAUUGGCGUUUUCCGUUAGUAGCUAUCCCGUAUGCAAACACCAAGACAAGCAACUUCGCUUCUGCUCAUCAGACUCAACAGUUCGCUAGUCUGUUUGACUCGGUCCCGUGGACUUGCCAGCCUGGUUCCUCGAUUCGCGAUUUCCAGGUCCAGGUCGGCAUCAAGAAUGUGUUCCAGGAUGUACACUUGUAUGACUGGCAGGCGUUCAUGGAUGAGUUUAGCAAGAUUGGAGCUAUCAACGGUGAUCUAUCGCGUGAGAUCUCGAACGGUCUUAUCGGUAUCGACAAGUGGCAGACUGCUCAGCGCUUUCUCGUAGCUGAUUGCUCGCGCAUCAGUGAGCCUGAUGUACCUCAGUCGAUCAAUGUAUCUGGUGUAAACGUUGCUACUCAGGGAUCGAACCUCUUGGUACUCGUUGUGUACGAGCGUACCCUUGAAAUCGAUCGCAUCACAGGAGAAGUGUUCCGUGCGGACUGA